UUGAAGAGCCAAACACGGCUUGAAAGAAAAACCCUCUCUUCUUCCUUCCUUCUUCUUCUCUCUAUUUCUUCUGACUUUAUCUUCAAUGGCGGUUUCUUCUAGAAAAUCAAGCGGGCCAGUUCUGAGGUCUCUCUCACCUUCUGGGAGGUUCUAUGGCUCCUAUUCUUCUUCUUCAUCUUCUUCUUCCUCAUCUGCCUUUGCCUCUUCCUCGUCAAGCUUUUCCACCAGAAACCCUACUUCGUUUUUCCGUAGAUCUGUGUCGCCUUCUCGUGUUAAUCUGCAGGGAUCUUCUUCUCCGUCAGCGUCGUCAGUGAGUUUUUCACUGGACCGGUCUAUUUCUCCGAAUCGGCCUAUCUCUGUUUUGUCUCGUACCAGUGGGAAUCAUCAAGUAGUGAAGAAACAGAGCAACCAGAAGAGGACAUGCAUGUGCUCCCCAACCACGCAUCCUGGUUCGUUCCGGUGUAGUCUCCACAAAGGCGUUCAGUCGCAGCCUUCAACUCCUUACUCGUCCAAUCGGCUCAACGCGCGGAGAUCGGCGAUGACGAAUUCUCUGGUUCGAAUCGGAGGAGUUGAAGGCGAUUUAGUGAGGCGAGCUUUGGCUUCUCUCAUCCGACCUUCGUCUCAUAGUCAAAGACGCCGAGCGGAUUUCUGUCCAAGACCUAGCCGGCUUUCAAUCAUGUCGAAAGCCGAUGAUCUGUGAUGAAGAUUUUGGACUUCUAAUUUCAAAAGACAUGAUUCAAAAUUAUUUGCGUCUGGUAAUCGGUGAAAUCAGUUCAUUGUUGUUAUGUUUGUUCCACUCGCUUCGUAAUGCUUCCAGAACAACAUACGUUUUUGUUAUUUGGUUCGGCGUUCGUUCAUCUCCGUCCGUCGUCAGCCGUUAUUUGUUUCAUCAAGUGGAUUUCUCUAAGGUAAAGUGAUUUCCAUCUUUCUGCUUCGUAUUUUCCCCUGUUUGUGUUCAAAUUCUUUGAUUAGUUCUUCGUAAUUUCUGUUUGUUCUGUAUACAGAUAUGCAAUUGCAGGUUGAAAUGGAAGUCAUCUGAUAUCUGAACUUUGAAUUUUGUGAUCUGGAAGUAGGAUUAAUGGUAGGGGGGAAACUUCGGAGGAAGUUAUGAACGAACAAGGACAGUUAAUGGAAUUCUCGUCACAGACUGAACAGUUUUAAUUCAAAUUAAUUGGGAUCAAAUGCUGGAGUUUAAAAAUAAUUAAGUAAAUAAAAUAAGAGUUGAAGAUUGAUGAAGCCAGUGGAAUUAGAUGGGGUUGACCUACUAAAGUCCUAAAUCGGUGGAAGGAACCGACUUCUAUUUGGCCUAUGUUCAUUAAAAAAAAAUAGGGAUAAUUGACAAAUUGAGAUUAUGAAUGCGGCUUUUCAAUUGAAGAAUGCCCCUUUGAAGAGAUGAAGGGCUGCCUAUAACCUUUUCGGAGAGGGAAAUUAUUAUUAAGAAAUGAACAUUAAUGGCUAAACUUGAAAAUUUGGGUAAAUCAUUAAUUUGGUUUCUAUGGAGUGGGCUUAGUUGAAUUCAUCCUGGUGUUAUGAUUUCAAUUUGAGAUGUUCUGGUUCGAUCUCCUAAAGCCCUAUCAAGUUGGAGCUAGGUUGUUUCUUAGUUCAACAAUCUUGUUGUCUUCAACUUUUGACUUUUGACUUUCUGGCGAUUUGAAGUCAUAACCAUUGGAGUGACAUUUGAAUGUUUACACACUCUUGGACGAGAGAUUUGAACUUCUGAUUUUAUAUCUCUAAUGAUUCUUAAAACAAAAUAGGGAAAGGCCUAAUUGGCAAAAAAAGGGGUAAUGAACACAAAGUUGUUGCGUGGGGAAAAUUGGUACUCAACUUUGAAAGAGGAGGUAGAAGAGAAAGAUGGGACUCUAAAAGAACUACGAGCUUCGGUAUGAUAAAGAUGUCAGUUCUUUCCGACUCAGGAAAAAGAGAAGGAUAAGAUGACAGUGGGAGUGAAAAUGAGUGGGCGAUGUGGCCGUCUUCUAUUCUCCCAAACCCAUCAUUAUUAUCGUUAAUCUUUUUUUUUUUCAUUUUCAAUAAUGCCUCUUUCACUCGUUUUCUUUACGUUCUCCUUUCUUCUUAUCUUUUCAAACUAAUAAACAAUUAAUAUGUAUGGUAUAGUUAGGCAAAUAUUGGUCAUCUAUCAAUCCUUCCGCUCACACUGUCGUCUUUUCAGUUUUUUUCCCCCUAAAUUUAAAAGUUUAAAAGGGUAUUUUUGGAAUGGAAGUUUAAGUUGGAAGACACUUUUUACAAUUUAGUCCUUCUCAUCAUGCAUUCAGGUUCAAAAUGUUUUGGGAUGUCAAUGUAUUAGAGAGCACAGAACAUUAUAAGCUCCAUUAUUAUUGUUAAUUUUGUUUAAUGUGAUGUUUUAUAUAAUAUUUGGAGAUUAUGGCGAUAUGGAGCAUAACAUUUUCUUUAGAAAAAAAUAUUUUAAGUACGAGACCUAAUAAAACAAAUGUAGUCUCAUUUCAUAACCUACAUUAUUUUAAGAAUAGGUUAAAAAAUGAUUAAUUUAUUUUUUAUUAUUUUAAACAGAAAAAUUAUUUUAGAAAACAAAAAUAAUUAGAAAUAUUUACAAAUAAUAAAUAUGC